AUGCACGACGACCAGCAGAAGCGCCGCAGAAGAUAUGUAACCCGGUCGCGCACCGGAUGCCGCACCUGCCGUCUCCGCCACAAGAAAUGCGACGAAACCCCCAUCGCCUGCCUCAACUGCACCUCCAACGGCUGGGAAUGCGAAGGCUACGAAGUUGCCCGGCUACCGUUCCAAAAAGGCGACCGGUACUCCAUCGCCACAACCCCAUCAAUGGAGUUCUGCUGGGCGAUGACGUCCGACGAGAAGCGCUGCGUCUCGUUCUUCCUGCACCGCACCGUCGCAAGCCUGACAUCCUUCUACGACUCCCCGCUCUGGCAGAGCCUCGUCUUCCAGAUGUGCUGCACCGAGCCGGCAGUCUACCACGCCGUCGUCGCCCUCAGCGCCGUAAACCAGGACCUCGAGCGAUACGGCAUCCCCAUGCCCGGGUCCGACACGGACAGCAACUGGCACCGGUUUGCGCUGGAGCAGUGCAUGCGCUCGUUCGCACUGCUCAACAAGCGCCACAUCUCGCAGGACCCGCAGCUGCCCAAGGUACUGCUCGUUUGCUGCCUGCUGUUCGUGAUGCUGGAGCUGGUGCUGGGGCACUACGACAACGCGACCGUGCAUUUACAGAGCGGGAUGGCGAUCCUCAAGGAGAUGAAGAUCCGGCGCCACACGCCGGGCACAAACGCGACCGUGGAGGACGGCCUGCUCGAGGCGUUUCUGCACCUCGAGGCUCAGGCCUCGCAGCACGGCGUCCUGGACCCGGCGCUGCAUCUCGACGAUGAGAUUCUCUACGACGAGCGGUACGAAGCGUGUCUGUUUGAGUUUGGCACCGUGGCCGACGCCCAGCGUGCGCUUUGGCCGCUGUUCAACGCCGGCAUCCGCUUCCCCGAGGAAUGCUGGAGCCAGCGCGUGGACGAGCUCGUCGCACGGUACGGCGAGCUGCAGGCGAAACAGCAGCGGUUCCUCUCGUGCCUUUUCCAAUUCGGCGCCCGCUUCCGCGCGUUCCAUCAAGCGGCGUAUGACCGUCUCACGCCGAGAGCGCAGCGCGGUGCCGACACGUUGCGCCUGACGUAUCGGGCGCUCGACAUCACGAUCCGGUCCUGUCUCAUGACGGGCAUCAACCUGGAGCCCGUGUGGCUGCGCGUGGACUACAGGAAUCUCUACGCCGAGGUUGUGGCCGUCAUGGACAGAUUCCAGGACCGGCCGCCGAUGAUGAUCGAGACUGGCGUCUGCCCGCCCUUGUUCACCAUCGCCACCCACUGCCCCGACUGGGCCAUCCGCAUGCGUGCAGUCGACGCUCUACGAUCGUGGCAGCACUGCGAGGGAUACAUGCGGUCGAACCUGGUGGCGGAUAUGGUGGUUGAAGCGAUGAAGGCGCAGCUGCGGAAGGUGUGGAGUGAGAUGCAGGCUUCUGGGUGUCCUGCUCCGGCGUUGGUGUCUUUUGUCGAAAGUGACCAGGGGGUGGAUGCGCACAUUAGUGACGGGCUGGGGGAUACGUCUUGGUCGAUGCCUCUUGAGCCGGAUCGGGCUUUUAUACAGGCACUUUGCUCGAUCACGACUGUACGGAAGUGGCCGGGCGUUCGUGCGUCGGGCAUCUUGCCUGAGUAG